CCUUCGUGAUUUGCUUCGACCAAUGACAUUUAAUCAUUUACCUACCUACUUGAAAAAAGUUGAUUCAUUCACUUGAGAUAUCAGUGUUAUUGAAAUUAAAAGAAAAAUCCGUGUAAAUAACAUAUAAAAAACCUAUGUUAUAUUAAAAACACAAAAUGGCAACGACGGCGGACGUGCGAUCGCUGUUUGAGGCGAAACUAAAAGAAACUCCAUCGGACUUCCAUCCAUCAGAUUUGGAACGAGCGAGAGACGACAAAUAUCUCAAAAGGGUGCUCCAACAUCAAGAACAUGACGCUAAAAGUGCGGCAGACAUGUUAUGGGACAUAUUAACAUGGAGAAAAUCUGUCGGCGCGAGCGAUAUCAACGAAUCAAACAUUCGCAUGGAUUAUGUGAACGAAGGUAUGUUUUUCCCCCGCGGCCGAGACGUCGACGGGUGUCUCCUACUCAUAUUCAAGGCUAAGAUGCAUGUCAAAGGUCAAAAAGACUACGAAGAGCUGAAAAAAAUCAUGAUUUACUGGUUCGAUCGAGUAGAACGCGAGGAGAAUGGGCAAAAAAUAACAAUGUUCUUCGACAUGGACGGGAGUGGUCUCGGGAAUAUGGAUAUGGAGCUCGUUAAGUAUUUAAUCACAUUAUUCAAACUUUAUUAUCCAUAUUUUCUUAACUAUAUCGUCAUAUAUCAUAUGCCUUGGGUCCUGUUAGCUCCCUUCAAAGUUGUCAAGACUCUUCUACCAGCAAAAGCUGUUGAAAAAAUGAAGUUUUUAACUAAAGAUUCGUUGAAGGAGAUUGUAGCGCCAGAACAAGCGUUAAACUGCUGGGGAGGUAAAGAUAACUACGUAUUUGAGUUUAUUCCGGAGAAUAAAUCAAAUUCGACACCGAAGAAGGUUACGUUCGCUGAACAAGGGGACGGACAACAUUCUCCUGGUGAAAUGCUGCGUCUUGUUCCCAACGAUACAAUCAUCUUUAAAAACGAUAAUGAUGAGAUAUCCGGUCAGUUUACGAUCACUAAUAUGGAUGACAGUGCGGUGUCAUUCAAAAUCAGGACAACUGCUCCGGAGAAGUUCCGUGUCAGACCAAGCUCUGGGUGUCUAGCCAGCGGUUCAUCACAAACUGUACUCAUCGUAGUCCAACCGGGUAUCCAGCUAACCGCUGUCACUAAAGACCGUUUCUUAGUCAUGUCUAUACAGAUACCGAAAGUAGAUUUAACACCGAAAGAAUUAACAGAAAUCUGGCAAGCAUCAACGGUAAGCAAAACGGAUGAAUACCGUCUAAAAUGUCAAUUCCCCCAACAAAUCACACCGAGAAACGGAACAGUGACAGACGGUAAGAUAACAGAGAAACCAGAGUCUGUGAGCAAUACGUUGCAGAAUCUAGAAAGGAACUACGCUAGCUUACACCGUGACAUGAAACAAUUGAAAUGGAUGCAGUUUAUAACGUUGACGAUGACCGUAUUGGUUGCUGUGCUCGGUUACCUGUUAUAUGAAAAUGUCAGUGAAGAGAACAAGUACUGUGAACGCUUGUAGCCCAUGGACAUAGUGGCAUUCGUUGCCACUUUCAAAUUCGACCUUUUAAUGGCGAUUUUUAUAUUACUGCUAAUUAUUAAUAUUGUUUUAUAUGUUAUGUAUAGUCAGUUGGUUUUUAAACUAAGCAUUUUGUAUGUUAGCGGGUAGGUUUAACAUUAAGUUGCACUUUUGAGGUUAAUUGUAUUAAUAUAUCUCAAGUUUUCAUCUUUCCAUAGUCAAACACAGCCGUCUGGUCCCAAAAAAGAUAGAGGCUAAAAUAAUCAGAAAAAAAAUUCUUUCACACAACGCCAUCUAGUCUCAAACUAAGCAAAGCUUGUAUUAUGAGUACUAGACAACUGAUAAACAUACUUAUAUGUUUCUAGAUACGUACAUAAUUAAUAUUUAGUUUGUCAUGGGUAGGAAUCGAACUCACGACCUUUCCUCAGCAUCUUUACACCAAUAUUCUACUUAUUUUAUUUUUUGUUAAUUGAUUUCUAUCACCUCAUAUUAUUAUGCACAAAACUGGCACAAAAAGUCAUUUUCAAACUCAAAAUAAACAAUAGUUAUACGAUAUAAAUUUAAAAACAUAUACUUAUUAAAAACUUAUCUUCAACAUAAACAUACAUUCCAAUUUAUUACUUUUAAAUUGUGAACCGCGGAUUUUCUGCACAAAUAUUGCCUCAUUGAGUUUGACGACCUCCGUGGUCGAGUGGCGUACGCACCGGUUUCAAGGUGUCGCUAGCUCUGAGGUCCCGGGUCCGAUCCCCGGUCGGGUCAAUGUAAAAAUUCAUAUUUCUACAUUGUCUCGGGUCUGGAUGUUUGUGGUACCUUCGUUGUAUCUGAAUUCCAUAACACAAGUGCUUUAGCAACUUACUUUGGGUUCAGAACAAUGUAUGUGAUGUUGUCCGCAUUUAUUUAUUUUAUUGAGUGCCUCUUAAUUGAGUUGCAAAAAUCCAACCAGAACGACAAACAAACGAGAAAAGUGAGUGUUUAAAAACGUUGGCAAAUGUCCUUCAAAAUUUGAGAUUUAUUAGUACGAUUAAGUUAUUAUUUAUAUUAAUACGUGAAUUGAGAAACAAGUUUAAUAUAUAAAUAGAUGUUCUAUAAGUUUUCCACAUGUUUAAAAAUAAGAUUGAUGUGUGGAAGUAUGAUAGUGCACUACACGGCAUAGGGCCUUCUCUUUUCCACAAUGAUUAAGAUUCGGGUCGGUUGAACUAUUAACUAAAGUUUACAAGUAUAUUAGAGACAAUUGAUACAAAAAUAACCUUGCUUGCGAUGCGAAUAUGCACGUUAAUUUGUCGAGUUAAGGUUGAAUUUGCUACGUCAAAUGCUUUUGAUUUUGCUUAUGUGAGGCAACGGUUUACUCACGCGUAUGUAUCGGGGUCGCCCGACUAGUUUCGGACUCAACCGGAGUCCUUAAUCGUGAGCUGACGCGGAUUAGAUUUCGCUCGUCAAACGCGUUCGACAACUCCAGUUGGUUUCGAAACUAGUCGGGCGAUCCCGAUAAAUACGCGUGAGUAAACCGCUGUAUCAUUUAAUAAUGAAUAAUUCUCCCGAUAGUUACUAUAAAAAUAUAUUUUUAAUACGUCAGCAAAUAACACAUUUACAUAGCGUGUCGUGUUUGUUUGAAAAA